GGACAGCAGCAGCUGCAAAAGCAUUUAACGGUAUUCCACGAACAAUGACACUUGGGGUGUCUAAGGCCUGAGCGACACAGAGAUUGGGGGACCACUCUGAAGUUGUUAAACGGGAAGCUAGUGUGUAUGCUGAAGUUCUGUUUUCUUUUCCUCCUACCGGACAAACGUCUACAAAGAUGUACUGGAGUAGAACUUGGGACCUUUGAGGAGAGCAUGUGUCUAAAUCUGAAGUCAACUUGGGACAUUACUCAGCCUUCAGGAGACGAGUGGCAUUGCUUCUUACCUCGAAGAGAGAUUGCAAGUGCGGAAUGUAUGUUGACGGUCGUUCCCGGCGACUGAAGCGAGAAAUUUGCAGUGCAGAAGUUGGACCGUCUUCCCCCAGUAAAUAACUGCCCCGUGUUACUCUCCUGGACUGCUGAAGGUGAAGUGAGGCUGACACCAAAGCAGAAAUGGAUGUGUUUGGUGGUGCACCACGUUUCUUGGCCUAUCCAAGACCUGUGGUGGUACAAAGUGGAACUGAUGCAGUCCUAAAAUGUCAAAUUAGUGGUGAUCCGAGGCCUGCCGUUAUCUGGGAGCGAAACAAUGAAAGGAUUGACCCACUGGGACGAUACAGGGUCUUUGAGGAUGGAAACGUUUACAAUCUCAUCAUUUCAGCUGUGACCACAGAGGAUAGUGGCCAGUACAUAUGCAAAGCAAAGAACAGCAUUGGGGAAACAUACGCAGCGGCCACACUGAACGUGGAAGGCGAAGCACAAGAGAUGGAGUUACGAGAGGAAAAUAAGCCACGGUUCCUUAUCAAGCCCCUCUCCACUCGCGCCGGUCGUGGGGAUGAUGCCGUCUUCUCUUGUAAGCUUUGGGGAAACCCACGACCAGAGGUUGUCUGGGAAAAGGAUGGCAGGAAACUCAAUGAAAUAUUUGAAAGCACACAUUUCAGUGUGGGCUUCCAGGACGGUGGAUGGUUCCAGCUCAAGAUCUUUAAGACUCGUGCUCCAGAUGGUGGCGUAUAUACAUGCAAAGCCAGGAAUGAGUGUGGGGAAGCGUUGGCAGGAGCUGUGUUGCUGGUUGAUGCAGGCCCAGGACAUGAGGAUGAGGGAAAUCGUAAUGGCUACACGAAUGGCCACUGGAAAGCCAACCAGGGAAAACAGAGGAGUGGUAGGCAAGUGCCAAACCGGCUCAGAGACGACACCAUGACCAAGUCAACUAAAGUGAAAAUGUUUGCAGUGACAGAGGGUAAACAUGCCAAAUUCCGCUGCUUUGUGACUGGGAAACCCAAACCAGAAAUCAUUUGGAGGAAAGACGGCAGGCUGAUACUGUCUGGAAGGCGUUAUUUGUUAUAUGAGGACAGAGAAGGAUACUUCACACUUAAAGUUCUGUACUGUAAGCAGAAGGAUAAUGGAGUUUAUGUUUGUGCUGCGUCUAAUACUGCCGGGCAAACCCUCAGUGCCGUACACCUCUCCGUAAAGGAGCCGCCUGUGCGGUUCAAGCAGCCCCUCAUUGAUCUAGAAGUAUGGGAACGAGAUUUGGCUGUUCUCGAGUGUGAAGUUCCAGAGGACUCCGUUCCCAUCACAUGGUAUCUGGAGGACAGACGGCUGCAGCCAGGGGCCAAAUAUGGAAUGGAGGAGUGGGGAACAAAACGGCGACUAACUAUCCGUGACAUCGGAGUUGACGAUGAUGGGAUUUACCUCUGCGAGAUGCCUGACGGGGGCAGAAGCAUCGCUGAGGUGGCUGUGAAAGGGACAAUUUUGCGGAAGCUUCCAAGAAAAGUGGAUGUAUUGGAAGGCGAAAAUGCUGCCUUUUGCGUUGAAGUGGAAAAAGAAGAAAUGGACAUACAUUGGUACAAAGACGCCAUAGAGCUGCGUGAAACGCAUCAGACCAUCCUUAAGUCCUUUGGUCGAACUCACAUCCUGGUUUUCGUCAAUACAAUGCCCCAAGACUCUGGCCUUGUGACUUUCCUUGUAGGCAGAUCCAAGACUUCCUCUCAGCUAAGAGUGAAAGCGGCCAGACAUUGUCCUCCCAGUUGUCCAGUGGGAGUGCAAAUCAACACAGAGCGUGCUAAUGCAGCUCUUCUCUCAUGGGUUCCUGCUCAGGACACACGAAAGAAUCCUCCAUCUGGAUAUGUGCUUGAGCGACAAGAAGUGGGCACUGGCUCACAGGAGUGGCUACAGUGCCUAACCACUGACUCCGCAACCUCUGUGGAGAUCCUCGGUGACAGCGUACCAUGUGAAGCCGAUUAUCGAUUUCGCAUCUGCAGUGUAAACAAAUAUGGAAAGAGCAACAAUGUUGAGUUCCCUAAAGCUGUUCAUUUGGUUCCAGUUGCCAGAAUACAAGCUCCCUUACAGGAUGCGUUGGUGCCUGAGGGGCAAGAUGCCCUCUUCUCUAUUGAACUCUCUGCUUCAGUUAUUGGUACAUGGUUCUUAAGUGGUACUCAGCUUCAGGAAGAUGAGCGUUAUUCCAUGCGUCGUUCACGAACACACCAAUCUCUUCGCAUUCGAGGAGUACGUGAAACAGACAAUGGAGCCGAGAUCACAUUUAUUGCCUAUGGCAUCCGGGAUUCUGCAGCACUGUACAUUCAAGCUCCUCUUGUCAAGUUUUCACCGAUGUCAGAAAUGGAUCGAAACAAAUUUGUAGAAAUUGGGAACCCCAUUGUGCUCUACUGUGAGCUGUCAGACUCUUCAGCUCCAGUGAACUGGUACAAGAAUGGGGGGGAAUUACAAACAAUGGAGGGUCUGCAUAUCCAAUCAGAGGGCACCAUGAGAAGAAUUGUGAUCCAAUCAGCAGAGUUCUCACAUUCGGGAGUGUAUUGCUGUGAUGCCAUUGAUGACGUCAUCAGGUUCAAUGUGGAAGUAGAGGGUGAGUGGACCCCACCUGUGAGGUUUUCAGCAAUUCCAGAUGCUGAGAGGAACAAAACCAUCGAAAGCGGCUACUCCAUUGUUUUAUGCUGUGAGCUCUCAGAUCCUUCUGCCCAGGUGCACUGGUACAAAGAUGGGUCAAAGCUCCAUCCUCAAACUGGAGUAGAUAUUCUAACUGACGGCUUGGCGAGAACACUGAUUGUCCACUCAGCAGAAUUUUUCCACUCUGGGUUAUACUGCUGCAAGACAAAGGGUGACGCCAUCACGUUCAGUGUGGAUAUCAAAGCUCCACCUGUGAAGUUCUCAGCAAUUCCUGAAGAAAUGAGGACCAAGUUGACCGAAGCAGGCUGCCCUAUUGUACUCCAGUGUGUGGUGUCGGAUCCUGAGGCCCACGUUUGCUGGUACAAGGAUGAAAUGCAGCUCAUUUCAAACUCUGGAUUAGAAAUCCACUCAGAGGGCAACACAAGGACAUUAGUUGUUCAGUCUGCAGAGCUGUGCCACUCUGGUAUGUACAGAUGCACCACAAAGGAUGAUACCAUGGAGUUUCAAGUGGAGAUCAAAGCUAUACCAGUGACGUACUCUACUAUCUUUGACGUUGAGAGAACCAAGUCACUUGAAGCGGGCAAACUUUUGGAGCUGGAAUGUGAGGUUACAGACUCCACUGUGCCUGUCUGCUGGUAUAAAGAUGGUGUAAAGCUCUCCCCGCCGAAUGAUUGGGAUAUACAGAGUAAUGGCACGUUGAGGAGACUCAUUAUCCCAUCUGCUGAGCUCUUGCACUCAGGGCUAUACAGCUGUGAAACCUCUGAUGACACUAUUCACUUCACUGUGGAUAUCAAAGCUCCAACGCUGCAGUUGUCGCCCUCACCAGAGGUUGUGGAGACGCAGUCACUUGAAGCAACCUGCCCAACUGAACCAACAUGUGAAACCUCAGACCCUGCUUUCCAGGUGUCACUGCAGAGGGAUCAAGAACAGGAUUGUAUUAAAGAGCCUGAUUUUGAAAUGGAAGGCAUCAAGAGGACCCUUGUUAUUGAACCAACUCAUCCUUCGAACUCUGGAACAUACUAUUGUGCAACAGCAGAUGAUGUUGCCCAAUUAAUAGUAAACAAUCAAGUGCCACCUCCGACAUAUCUGCUUGGCCCUGAUGUUGAGAAGACCGAGUCUGCUGAAGCGGACUGCCAAAUUGUUCAGCAAUUUGAGAUUUCAGAUCCCAUUGCCAAAGCCUGUUGGUACAAAGACGGAACCCAAAUCUACCCAAAACAGGAAGCUGACUGUGAAUCACAGAGCAGCAGCCAAACCGUGCCCCUCCAGUCACAUGACUUGUCUAGUGAUGGGACAUUUGGCUGUGAAACAUCUGGCGAUACACAGUUGUGCAAUGUGGACAUGAAAGCAGAGCAGUGUCACUAUGGUGACGAGAUUGGUGAGAUAGCUGAUGCAUCUGCCCAAUACACUGAGGAUGUCAAAGCUCCACCCGUGAGAAUUACAAGACUUUCUGAGGCUGAGAGGAUCAUGUCUGUUGAAGUUGAUGAACCCAUAGUGCUGCGUUGUGAGAUAUCAGAUCCUAACGCUCAAGUUAAUUGGUACAAGGAUGGAAUACAUCUACGCGAAGCAGCUGGGCAAGACAUGCUGGCAGAGGGUUCCAUAAGAACACUGGCUUUCCAGUCAGCGAUGCUGUCUCAUGCAGGGAUUUACAGCUGCAAGACAACAGAUGAUGCAAUGCAGUUUCAUGUGGAUGUUAAAGCUCCACUUCUGAAGUUUUCAGCUUUAUCGGAGGGUGACCAGAAAAAGACGGUCAUGGCGGGCUUUCCCAUUGCUCUACAAUGUGAGCUGUCAGACCCCACUGGACAAGUCAGUUGGUACAAGGAUGGAACACAGCUCCUACCUCAAAAUGGAGUAGACAUCCAGUCAGAGGGAAAUUUGAGGAGUCUAGUUGUCCCAUCAGCAGAUCGGGUUCAUACUGGUGUAUACCGUUGUGAGUCAAAGGAUGAUGACAUCCAGUUUGCUGUGGAAGUAAAAGCACUACCUGUGAAGUUCUCAGAGCUUCAAGAGACUGGCAGGAGCAUGUCCGUCCGAGAAGGUUCUCCCAUUGUCCUCAGCUGUGAACUCUCUCAUGAUCUUUCCGCUCAUGUCGACUGGUACAAAGAUGGGAUGGAGCUCCUACCACAAAACAAUAUGGAAAUACAGUCAGAUGGUCUAACAAGGACACUACUCAUCCACUCAGCUGAAAACACACAUGGUGGCACCUAUGAAUGUUCAACAUCAGAUGACACCAUCACGUUUAAAGUGGACAUAGAAGGCCGAUCGCCACAGAUCAUGCCAAUCCCACUGUCAGAAAAAUACAAGAUGAUUGCAAUGGGUUGUCCAAUUAUCCUCCAGUGUGAGGUCUCGGACCCUGUCGCCCAGGUUUCCUGGUUUAAAGAUGAAGUGGAGCUUUUUUGCAAAACUGGCCUUGAUAUGAAAAGAGAUGGCAGUCUGAGAAAAUUAAUGAUCCACUCUGCUAAGGUCUCCGACUCUGGCCUCUACAGUUGUAGCCUCGCUGAUGAUGUUGUGACAUUCCAUGUGGACGUCGAAGGUGAUUUUCUUGUAUUCAGUUCUAAUGAGCUUCCAGCCUCUCCUGUGAGGUUUUCAGCACUUCCAGAGGUCGCAAGGAACAAAUUUGUUGAAGCAGGCUGCCCAAUUAAGCUGCAGUGUGAAGUCUCAGAGCCAACUGCCCAAGUCUAUUGGCACAAGGACGGAGAACAGAUACCUCCAAAGAGCGGAUGUGAAAUCCAAACAAAAGAAAGACUGAGAGCGUUGGUUAUUGCAUCGGCAGAAGUCAGACACUCUGGUAGUUACAGCUGUGAGGCCGCAGAUGACCAUAUAGAAUUCAAGGUGGAUGUUGCAGCUGUUCCAGAGGCUGAGAGGAGCAUAUCUGUUGAAGCAGGCAGCCCGAUCAAUCUGCAGUAUGAGAUCUCAGAACCCACUACAAGCCAGACCUGCUGGUGUGACGACGGAAUAAAACUCUUGCCAAAAUCUGGGAUAAACAUCGACUCCGAGGGCAAUGAGAGAACACUGGCUGUGAAGUCGGCCACGUCUUCAUGCUCUGGAGUGUACAGUUGUAAAACUGAUGAUUCAGAUUUCAACGAUUUCUAUGUGGAGGUGAAAGCGCCACCGGUAACAUUUGCCGAUAUCCCAGAGGAGGACCUUUUCAAGAGUGUUGUGGAACAAGAACAGCUUGUUCUGUCGUGUGAAGUAUCGCGGGCUGAUGGUGUUGUACAGUGGUACAAAGAUGGAACUGAAAUGCAACCAUGUAACAAUAUCACAAUGCAAGCAGAGGACAUCAAAAGGAAUCUGACAGUACAUUCAGCCAAACUGUCCGACACAGGCACAUACACAUGCCGUGCAGGAGACAACAUCCUAAUGUACAAGGUUAACAUACGAGAACCUCCAGUGAUGAUAAUCCACCCCAAGGAGGAUGUCCACCUUGACCGUCACGUCCCUGAGGAAAUUAUUCUGAGCUGCGAAUUGUCUCGUCCAAACGGUGUUGUCAGCUGGUACAAAGACGGCCAAAAGCUGCAAGAGAGCGAGAACAUCAAGCUCAAGAUCGAAGGCCCUUAUCGACGACUGAAGAUUAUUUCUAGUGGAGUCGAAGAUUCUGGAGAAUACGUCUGUGAUACAGCUGACGCGUCAAUAUUCUUUCACCUUAGUAUUACAGAACCUCCAGUGCGGAUUGUGUCCCCAAGUCAGUCCCAAAUGGAACUGUGCCAGCAGACCUCUGAGAGGAUGGUAUUGAGCUGUGAGAUCUCACGGCCCAAUGCGGUAGUGCGCUGGUAUCGAGACGGACUCGAAGUGGAGGAGAAUGACAACCUUUUGCUAGAGGUGGACGGGGUCUACAGAAGACUCAUUAUACCAGAAACUACUGUCAAAGAUUCCGCAGAAUACGUGUGUGAUACUGCAGAUGACUCCAUGACAUUCUUUGUAAACAUAGCAGAGCCUCCUGUUCGCUUUGUACGUCCAAGGAAGAUGGCAGGUAGAGUAGACAAAGUGGCUGGGGAGACUCUGGUUCUAGACUGUGAGGUUUCAAGAUCAAAUGCCGAGGUCACCUGGAAGAAGAACGGGGAAGAAGUAGAAGACUCCAGAAAUAUCACCAUCCUUGAGGAUGGUGUCCUGCGUCAAUUAACCGUUCACUCACUAACAAUGGAAGAUGCUGGGCAAUAUGUCUGCGACGCAAAGGAUGAUGUGAUGGAUUUCCACGUAAAUGUACAAGAGUUGCCUGUAAAAAUUCUUGGAAAAACUGAUGCAAAAAGAGAAAAGCAGUUCUUAGUAUCAGAUGACAUUAUUCUAGUGUGUGAAUUAUCGAGAUUCAAUGCCUCAGUCAGUUGGUACAAAGAUAAUCAGCUAAUUGAUGACACCGAGCGAUACUGUAGCGAGGAGCAAGGCGUUUUCCGAUCACUGGUUGUCCUAAAUGCUGGGCUUGAAGAUUCGGGAGAGUACACCUGUGAUGCAGUGGAUGAUAAGAUUGUCUUCUAUAUCACUGUCAAAGAGCCUCAAGUACAGAUCAUUGGAAACUCAGGCCACCCGGAGCAUCAUAUCCUGGUAGCAGGAGAUGACCUUAUUUUGGAGUGUGAAGUGUCUCGGCCGAACGCCACCGUUCAGUGGUUAUGGAAUGGCGAGAAGUUGAAACCAGACACUCGUAUAAAAAUUGACAGCUAUGACGUUGUGAGGAAGCUUGUUCUCUCUGGACUUCGGCCCUCAGACUCUGGAAAAUACAUUUGUGAUGCCGCCGAUGACAAAUUAACAACAAUUGUUGAGGUCCAAGAGCCGGCGGUCAAGUUUGAGAAUAAAAAAGCAAGUAAUAACGUCUCAGCUCAUGAAAAUGAGAGUGUUACGCUGUAUGCCGUCGUGAGCCGAGAAAGAGCUAAUGUUCGUUGGCUGAAAGGUGGCCAGCUAUUGAACGGGGACAACAUUCACAUCUCCAGUGAGGGUAAUACCCACAAGCUCACCAUUAAUCCCUUGCAGCUGUCAGAUUCUGGAGAAUAUGUCUGUGACGUAAAGACAGAUGAGAUGUAUUUCAGUCUUUUAGUCAAAGAAAUGAAGAUGAAAUUUAUCAGACCCCUGGAGAACAUUGUGUCUCUGGAGGGCAGAAGCCUUAUAUUACGAUGUGAGAUCAACAAGCCCAAAGGAGAUGUCCAGUGGCUAAAAGAUGGCCAAGAGAUCUCUCCAAGCCGUCGGCACACAAUAAGGGCACAAGGUCGAGAGCGAACCUUUACCAUCCACCAACUAGUGGAAGAAGAUGCUGGAGAGUAUGCCUGUGAAUCCACAGAUGACAGGACCUCAGCUACUGUCACUGUAGAAAAUCCCCGUGUUGUGGAGUUCAUAGCGGAGCUUCGUAACAUCACGGUCUGCGAAGGAGAAGAUGCAGUAUUUAAGUGUGUGGUUUCACCAGAGGACACUCAGUUGGUGUGGCGCUUAAAUGGCAAGCAAGUAGCUCUGAAUGAGCGCACUGUCAUUUCAAGUAACGGACUGUGCCACAUGCUCUGCAUCCACAACUGCAUGGUUUCAGAUGGCGGCAGAGUGACAGCUGAUGCAGAGGGGUUGGUAUCAGAGGCAGAACUCCAGAUUCAAGAGCAACAGGUGUUGUUCACCAAGAAAAUGACACCAGUUGUAGCUGAAGAGUACGCUGACGCAACUCUAGAGGUGGAGGUGAGUCUGGAUUCGGGAGAGGUGCAGUGGAUGAGGCAAGGGGUGCUGAUCCACCCCGGAGCCAAGUAUAACCAGAAGCACAAUGGCCGAAACCACAACCUUACCGUCCACAAACUGGCCAUGUCGGACCGGGGCACCUACAGCUGUGAAACCCUCCAUGACCGCACGCAAGCCCAGCUCACAGUGGAACCUCGAAAAAUCACAAUCAAAAGAGGGCUGGCUGACAUUAAAACCACAGAGAGAGAAACGGCAUCUUUUGAGGUGGAGCUCUCCCACCCCAAUGUCCCAGGCACCUGGAUGAGGAACGCAAUCCGGCUUAAGCCGACAAAUCACUUCCGUAUGAGUGCUAAAGGACAAGUCCACAGCCUCACCAUCUCCAACCUAUCAGUAGAAGACACCGGCACCUUCAUGUUCUGUGUAGAGAAUCUGAAGACGUCUGCAAGGCUUGUUGUGAAGGAGCCCCCAGUGACCAUCUUCAGGACGCUGGAAGACCAGAAAUUCCCUGACGGGGCAGUAAUCUCUAUUGAGUGCGAGCUGUCAAGACACAACGUUGAUGUGAAAUGGUUGAAGAAUGGGGUUGAGGUGAAACCAGGCAAGGAGUUGCGCAUUUAUGCAAUGGGAAGGAAACGCUUUCUUCAGAUCAUGAAAUGCCAUGUCAGUGAUUCUGGCCUGUACACCUGCGAUGCUGGAGAUGCUACAACAUGCUGCACUGUGGAGGUCUAUGAGCGUGAUCUGCUGAUCCUGCAGGGCCUGGAGGACGUGGACAUCCAAGAAGAUCAGAAUGCGGUGUUUGUCUGUGAGAUCUCAGUGGAGGAUGUGGCAGGAGAAUGGUACAAAAAUGGGGAGAGGAUACAACCCACCAGCACCAUCAAGAUCCGGCAGGAAGGGACCAAACAUUUUCUUCUUAUGUGCAAUGUGAAAGCAGAGGACUCUGGAGAGAUCAAGUUUGUCACCAGACAUGUCGAAUCUGUCGGUUACCUGGAGGUGGAAGAGCUUCCUGUGAACAUUGUGAAACCUCUGCAGGAUACGACCGCCCUAGAGAAGACCCGUGUGCUCCUCGACUGCACUGUGUCCAACCCCAGAUGCAGCAUCCGCUGGUACAAAGGCAGCAAUGUCAUCCUGCCCUCUGAACGCUUUGAGAUCUGCAGUGAAGGCUGUUAUCGCAAACUGAUCCUCCAGCAGGUGCUGCUAGAUGAUGAGGGCAUGUACAGUGUGCAGGUUGGAGAGUACACAUGCUCUGCAAAACUGACAGUGGAGGCCCAGUCACUGUCAAUGAUCAGAGAGCUGAAGGACGUGGAAGUCAUGGCCCCCGAUGAAGCCUGCUUUGAAUGUGAGGUCUCGGUCCCGGUCCACAGAGCCCCUGCGUGGAGUCUGAAUGGGGAGCCCUUACAGCCGAGCUCUCGGGUGCUCCUGGAGAAGAUGGGCACGGUCCACAGGAUGACCCUCAGACAAACCUCCCCGGACAUGAAUGGACUGGUGGAGUUCACCUCUGGGAAAGCUAAAAGCAGAGCCCAGCUUCGGGUGCUGAGUGAUCCGUGAGUGACCUCUCCUGUCUGUCGUCACCUCAUUGACAUGGAUUGAUUAUUAUAUUGACGCUUUAAGUUGUAACAUUGACAUUGCUUAUGUAUUUACAAACAGUAUGUCUAUAAAAGUGGUUUAAACAGGGUUGUGAUGGAUUCUCAUGCAGGGAGUGGAUUUUCUUUUAGUAUCUUGCCUUUAACAAUUGAAAAAAUGAAAUUUCUGUUUGUAUA